CUAUUCAUUCUACUUUGCUACUUGAUUCUCACAUCUAUGUGCCACCAUCUCUCUCCCUCCCUUUUCUUUACCCUAAAAAAGGGCACCCAUUUCCUUCAUAAGGCCCUCUCCUUGAGCAGUCGCUUCAGCCCCCAAGACUCAUAGAGAGAGAGAGUGAGGAGGUGACAGGAGAGGGGAGAAAAAGGACCGCUUCAUUUUCACUCUGUAGUGUCUCUGUUCUUAUAUUUCUUCAAAAACCAUUCUUUGGUCUUCAAUUCUUUGAUUAUAAUCAGAAAAAAUCCAAACACUUCUAUACGCAUAGAGCUCACGUUUUUGUUAAAUAGUGAGGUUUUUCAUUUUUGCAAUGGCACCAAGUUUUGAUUGUGCAGUUUCGAGCCUACUAUGUGCGGAGGAUAACAACAGCAUCUUUUAUGAUAACGAUUGUUUUGGGGGGUUGGGGGGUGAGUUUGAGAUGACAAGGGAUCAUAGAAAUCAUCGAAAUUUGAAUCAAAACAGAGGCUUUUAUGAUGGAAAUGCUCUGCCAUUGCAGAGUGAGGAGUGUUUGGCUUUGAUGGUUGAAAAAGAACACCAGCACAUGCCUAAUGCUGAUUAUCUGAAGAGGCUGCAGAGUGGAGAUUUGGAGAUGGGGGCUAGAACAGAAGCUGUUGAUUGGAUUGGAAAGGUUCAUUCCCAUUUUGGUUUUGGACCUCUUUCUGCAUAUUUAUCAAUAAAUUACUUGGACAGAUUCCUCUCUUCCUAUGAAUUACCAAAGGGAAAAGCUUGGAUGAUGCAAUUACUGGCUGUGGCAUGUCUCUCACUUGGAGCCAAAAUGGAGGAAACAGAAGUCCCUUUGUCUCUAGAUCUGCAGGUGGGUGAAUCUAAAUUUGUCUUUGAGGCUAGAACCAUACAAAGAAUGGAGAUCUUAGUCUUGAGCACUUUGAAAUGGAGAAUGCAAGCAGUUACGCCAUUCUCAUUCAUAGACUAUUUCAUUCACAAGCUCAAUGAUGAUGAUGAUGAUCAUUUCCGACAUAGUACUUCAAUAUUGAGAUCAACCCAACUCAUAUUAAGCACAACAAAAGGGAUUGACUUCUUGGAAUUCAAGCCUUCUGAUAUUGCAGCAGCAGUGGCAAUAUCUGUUGCAAGGGAAAGCAAAACAGUGGACAUUGAUAAAGCAAUAUCUGCUCUUGCUCAGCAUGUACAAAAGGAGAAAGUAUUGAAGUGUAUGGAAUUGGUUGAUGAAUUGGUGGGUGGGUCCUUGAAGGGCAGUGGUGCAAGUGGUGCAGUCCCAUCCGUGCCACAAAGCCCCAUUGGAGUGUUAGAUGCAGCAUGCUUGAGUUAUAAAAGCGAUGACACAGCAGUUGGGUCAUGUGCAAAUUCUUCCCAUAAUUCUCCCGAGACCAAAAGGAGAAAGCUAAAUAGACCCUUUGAAGUUGAGCUAUAAAAAAGUGAGGAUGAAAAUAGGAUUAUCACACAAAACCCAAAUAUGUUUGCUUAUUUAUUUUCUUUUAUUUUCUUUUUUAAUGGUAGUUCUGGUGUGUUUAUUAAGAAAUCAAAAGAAAAAGAGGAAUAAGUUGGGUCAUGGGUGGAGUAUGGAUGAUGCAAAAAGGGAGAAUGGAAAUGCUAUUAGCAUGGAGAGGAAGUCACCAGCUGUUAAUAUAUUAGACUUCUUAAC